GGUUUUGUCUCUCGCCGGGGCUGAGGGCGGCGGCAGCAGCGACUGAUCCCCAGCAGUCACCACAAUGCCAUCAGCCCUGGAGAGCCCGGUGGGGGGAGAGGAAGACAUUUUGCACUAUGAGGAAAUAGAAGAUGGUGCUGUCAGCCCCAUGGACCUUUCGGAGCUGCUGAAGGAGGGGACGAAGGAAUCGCACGACCGCGCGGAGAACACUCAGUUUGUCAAGGACUUCCUCAAGGGCCGCAUCAAGAAGGAGCUCUUCAAGCUGGCCACCGUGGCCCUUUACUUCACCUACUCUGCUCUGGAAGAGGAGAUGGAUCGCAACAAGGACAACCCAGUCUUUGCUCCUCUGUAUUUCCCCGUAGAGCUCCACCGGAGAGAAGCUUUGGCCAAAGACCUCAAAUAUUUCUAUGGGGAAGACUGGAAAGAGAAGAUCCAGUGUUCAGAGGCAACUCAGCAAUAUGUGGACAGAAUUCAUCAUGUGGGACAACACGAGCCAGAGCUGCUGGUGGCUCAUGCUUACACACGCUACAUGGGGGACCUCUCAGGUGGCCAGGUGCUGAAGAAGGUAGCCCAGAGAGCCCUGAAGUUGCCCAGUACUGAGGAAGGGAUCCAAUUCUACACGUUUGACAACAUUUCCAACGCACAGAAGUUCAAGCAGCUUUACAGAGCACGAAUGAAUGCUUUGGACUUGGACAAGAACACCAAGGAAAGGAUUGUGGAAGAGGCCAACAAAGCCUUCAGAUUUAACAUGCAGGUGUUUGAUGAGCUGGACAAGAUCGGCAGGUCGCUGGCAGAAGAAGCCCAAGACGGAGGCUUUCCAGUCCAUGACGGAAAAGGAGACAUCCGCAAAUGCCCUUACUAUGCAGACAAAGUGGGCAUGGCAAGCACCGGCUGCCCCUUCCACGCUGCCGUGGGCCUGGCCAGGCAGCCCCUGGUGCAGCUGGUGCUGGCAGCCUGCAUGGCCAUGGCAGCAGGAGCUGCAGCCUGGUACAUCCUGUGACAGGCACGGUGUGGCUCUGCUUGGGGACAAGGGGAGAGAUGUGCCCUGCCUGCUUUCCGACCCUUCCCUUGCUGGUGGUGAGUUGGCUGCAGAGUGGAGUAAGGAAAUAAACAGGAAUCCUGUGGGACUGUCC